AAAGAACACUUUUUUUCACCCCACCAUUUUUAACCGCUCACUGUUUCAUACAUCCAAGUGAGAUAACACCUGCGUGAAACGUUCACUUGGCGUGUGGGGCCCAAACAGUAUAUAGCGUAAAAAAUGGCGUUUUCGGUGUUGGUUUUUCUUUCCUCACGAGAGCAGCCCACUUUUUACCAGCAGUAGUUUACCUAGUGAGCAUAUGCAUACAGAGGUGUAUGAUUAUUACCCCUUUGUGAAAGCACGAACCUACGUAAGUAGGGAAGAAGGCCCCCCAGUUUUUCCCCAUUUUUAACCGUCAAGGAUGUUCUCCCUGUUUCGCAUAGAGGACGUGAUAAAGAUUGAACCCCAUUUUAUGGAGGAGGAGUUAAAAACUGUGAUUGAAUUUUUGAUAAGGGCCAAGUAUGUCGACAAGGUGCUGCAAAAUGUGGGUCUGUGUGUUGGCCUGUACGACAUACUGGAGGUGAAGAAUAGGGAGAUUCUAAAAGGAACAGGGGAGAUUCGAUUUGACGUAAUUUUCAGGCUGGUAUAUUUCCAUCCGUUUGAAAAUGAAAUUAUUGAGGGCUUCGUUAAAAAUUCCGACUCGAAUGGGAUCAUAAUCAGCAUAGGCUUCUUCGAGAACAUCCGGGUGAACUGUGCCAAUUUGAGGGAGCCCAAGGAGUUUGAUAUGGAGAAGAAGGAGUGGUUCUGGACAUACGAGGGGAUAAAAUUUUUUUACACAAAAGAUGAGUUGAUCAGGGUGCGGGUGCUGGACACCUAUUUUAGCGACCCCAACGAGAUGCGGAAGGAUGAGACGACGCCAUCGAUGUCCAUAACGGGCACCGUGCAGCAGGACGGGCUAGGCCUGGUUAAAUGGUGGAACUA